CGGAGUAACCCACGCGCAUGCGCAGACUGGCUGGCUUUAGCAGCUGUAUUUCCUGAUUGCUGUUUCCACUCGAAGCGAUGGCAGAAGUGAAAGCUUCCCUGAUUUGUGGCGUUGUAGCGGCUUUCCUGGCGUCGGCCGUGCUUGCAUUUGUUGAAGAUUUAGAUGACACAUUUAAAGACACCAGAGUGAACGAUGUCUGGCUGGUUGAUUUCUAUGCGCCGUGGUGCGGCUACUGUAAGAAACUGGAGCCAGUAUGGCACGACGUGGGAGUGGAGCUGAAGAGCUCCGGGUCGCCGGUCCGCGUGGGAAAGAUGGAUGCCACCGCGUACUCUGGAAUGUCGUCAGAGUUCGGUGUUCGUGGUUACCCCACAAUAAAACUGUUAAAGGGGGAUCUUGCCUAUAACUACAAAGGACCGAGGACAAAAGAUGACAUCGUAGAGUUUGCCAACAGGGUGGCAGGACCCGCCGUCAGGGCGCUUCCCAGCAAGCAGAUGUUCAAGCACAUGAUGAAACGACACAAUGUGCUUUUUGUGUACGUCGGCGGGGAGUCCCCCCUCAAAGAGAAGUACAACGACGUCGCCUCCGAGCUCAUCGUCUACACUUAUUUCUUCUCGGCUUCAGAGGAAGUCUUUCCAGAGUCGGUAACUUUGCCAGAGCUUCCUGCGGUUGUAGUCUUUAAGGACGGGGCCUACUUUACCUAUGAUGAGUACGCAGAUGCUAGUUUGUCAUCAUGGGUGAACAAGGAGCGCUUCCAAGGAUACCUCCAGAUUGAUGGCUUUACACUCUAUGAGCUCGGAGAAACAGGCAAAUUGGUAGCGAUUGCAGUCAUCGAUGAGAAGGACCCCACAGAGGAGAGUGGCAGAUUAAAGACCUUGAUUCAGAGGGUGGCGAAGGAAUACAGAGAACAUUUUAACAGAGACUUCCAGUUUGGACACAUGGAUGGGAACGACUACAUUAACAGCCUCAUUAUGGGCGAGGUGACGGUGCCCUCUGUUAUCAUCCUCAACACAUCCAACGAGCAGUACUUCCUGCCCAGUGAGCCGACUGAGACCAUGGAGCAGCUGGUCCAGUUCAUCGACGGUGUUUUGAACGGUUCUGCACAGGCGCAAGGAGGUGAUGGCUUCAUUCAGAGGAUCAAACGCGUGGCCUUUGAUGCCAGAUCCACCAUCAUGUCGGUGUUUCGCAGCUCUCCGCUGCUAGGCUGCUUCCUUUUCGGCCUACCGCUGGGCGUAAUUAGCCUGAUGUGCUACGGCAUCUGCACAGCCGAGUCGGACGACGGUUCGGAGGACUUGGACGCGCUCAAGAGGGAGGGCCUGACCGACGAGGAGGAAGACGAGGAGGAGGAGAGGCAGCGCGGCACUGAGCUGGAGGGCCCCGAAGAGGGCGAGAACGAGGAGGAGGAGGAGGAGGAAGACGAGGAGGAAGACGACGUCGGAGAGAAGGAUCCCGAAGAGAAGAAAACCGAUUAACGCAGGUGCUCCCGCCGGAUAGAGGAUGAUGGGCCGAGUCAAAUGCGGUGACAUGAAACUCAAAGACUUAUCAAUGUGUUACUAUUCUGCUUCUUUGUCUUUCAUAUCACUCCCCCUCAAAGCCCCUCUAGCACAGACCGCUCUCCCAUCUUUGAGUUCUGUGUUAAAGGUCGGCCGCUCAGCGAAGCCAUCGAAUCUUGUUUCAAGCUAACAGCCUUUUAGUGACGGCGUGUAGACACGUAAUGCUCCAGAGAUGGAGGCGGCUGUGAACCAACCUCUUAUUUAUUAAGAUUCGACCAACCAGUGGUUUGUUCCUUGUGACGCUUUCUCUCCUUGUUUUGUAACUACUAAAAUGCUUCUUUUUUUGUUAUAUCCCAAUUUUUUCUUUUUGUUUCCAGUUUAUUAUGAUAUUGUAGAACAGUAAAAACCUGCCUUCAAACUGACAUGAAUACACCGACAUUUUCCACCUCUACCCCAAACCCAAAGUCAAAGCUUAAUUGGCGUGUGUAGAAAGCAAAGGAAGUGCCCAAGAAGGAAAAUCUGCCAUAAAUCAAUCGUGCUUUAUCUAUUGUAUGUUAUUGCCUGAACAUAUUUCUUCUUCUUCUUCAAGGGGUGCAAAGUGACGAGACAGUCGCGCAUUUCUUACUUAUUUCUCAAGCCAGCCACCUGUUGGUGUCCAUUUAUGAGUAAAUGGUAAUGGGUAUCAGUGUGUCUGAUUCUGGGAUAUGGCAAAUGUGCUUUUUUGUUUUCCAACAUGGCCAACCUGCUGAAAUUCUUCAUAUAGAUGGGUUGUACCUGUAUAGCAGACAUCCAUAACACGCAUCAGUAGUCCCUGCAGCUUUUAACAAGUCAUAUUCUUCAGAUAGACGGGCUCCGUCUCUUUCCAUAUUUCAAUCUGUCUUCCAUCACUCGUUGCCAUAUUGAAUUCAGUAGGCAGGUUGAAGUUUAAAUCCCGAUACACUGAGCGCACAAAAUAUAAAGCCCGUCUUCCUGCUGCUUAGUUUCACCCCUUCUUUUUCUGCCAUAACGCACUAUUGUUGGUUUUCUCAAUGCCAUAGCUGUCCUGUUUGCAAUAGCUGAAAUCUGGUAGGGGUUGUGGCUUCCUCUUGGGUUGAAGUGGCCAGUCUGUUACGUAUAAUAAACAAGUGUUCCUAAAAUCUGCUCCUCCCAGUGUAAUACGCUUUUUAUGAGAGAUGCUCAGUGGAGUGCUCCUGGUUGGAUUUGGGGCCUUUCUGGCAGCGAGUUAAAGCACCUGAGAACAUGUUUCAUUGUCUUUGUUACACGUUUGUGACUAAAGAAGGAAAAAAUAAAGGAAAACCUGUCAUAUGCAGGGGCAUUUCCAUGGAAACAAAAGCACAUUUUUCCCCAGCUGUCGUAUGUUUCGUGCUAAUUGGUGCAUGGAGAUGAAAUCGCACGUUUGUUUUUUUUCCUCCAAUUCAGCCGUGUCACCAGUGGGAAGAGUACAAACAAAAACGCAUAUAAUGAAUUAUGUGACGAUUGGUAGAUAAAAGUAUAAAUCAUGUUGGAAACUCAAAACUUUGAGAAUUUAGGAAAUGCGCUUCUUCACUUUCUUGCCAAGUGUUACAUGAGAAAGUUGUUACUGAUGUCUGAAGGGGAAAAUAUGAAAGCUUAGCACAAAGAAUGGAAACCGCUAGCCUGGUUCUGAUCGUAACAACCGCCUGCCAGCACUUCUAAAGCUCUAAAAUCUCUCUCGUUUGAUCUGUACACAAACUGAAGUAACUUCCAGGAAGUCUUCUCUGGUUUCCUGGAAACCUCACCGUGAAGACUCCAGGAAGUCUCUGCACCCGACCAGGAUUUAGUUUGGCACAUAACCCCCAUUAAAACCACAACGUGUUGUUUUUUACUCAUUCCUUUAUGGAUUAAACAAACAAGAUAACCUGUUCAUUAGAGAGCUUUAGAGGGGCUGGUAUGCACUUUUUUUGGCCUUUGGCAGAGCCAGGCUAGCCAUUUCCCCUCGCGUCCAGUCUUUAUGCUAAGCUAAGCUAAUCGGCUGCUGACCCUAGUUUAAUAUUCACCAUGCAAUCCUCUCCUCCAAGUCCCGGCGACAAAGCUAGUAUACUUCCCUAAAUGGCAAACUAUUCCUUUUUAGAGUGGUGCACUGGAUUAUUAUUAUUCGCUCUGCAUUUGUUUUACAUUAUUCAUCCGAAACAUUCCUGCAUACUAUUUAACGUACAGAGCUGACGAGUAAUUAAAAGUUUGAAAUGAGCAACGACAGCUUCUGUAACAGGCUUUCUCUCGAGGGAACUUCAACACAUGGUGAUGAAUGAGCAUUAAGUUCAUCCCUGACCUAGGGAGGAAGUCUCAGUCCUGCGUCCACAUCCUCACUUUGACUUGAUCGCGUCUCACGUAACGACAACUGAACUAACUGCUGAUCUACUCGGUGGAUACUUUGAAAUAGUAAUGAAUGUUUUGAGCAGUUUAUGCUAUCGUUGUGUAAAGGUGAUCCUCCCCCACACUCUUAAAGUGUAACAGUGAUAUGAUAAGAUUCGUUAUUCUUCGUUUCAUCCUGCUUUUGCAGCUCAGUAAAUCUUGUAACGUGAUCGACUUAGGCUGCUCGACCGAAGCACACCUGCUGUUUUUAAUAUACAGAGGUCAUCUGUAUCAUUACUGUGAAUCUGCACUAAAGGAAACCAUGCCCUCGCCUUGCCUUCCGGUCCUUGUAGUUGCCUACCUUUCUCUGCCGAACUUCCUCCUUUGGGUUUGAAUUGAGAUUGUCACACUUUAUUACAGGUUUGAAAGAUUGAAAUAAAGAUUGUCGUCUUUUU